AUUCAAGUAUAGUGUGGAGCGUUGAGGGUGGAGGGCUCAUUGUGUGCAUCAGCAUGGACACUCCAGAUUAUGGGAUUGCGGCGAUGAGGAGGGGAAGCUACGAUGAUGCUGCAGCUUCUCUGCGUCCACACUUCAAACAUUUGGCUCAGAGGCGGCGCUCUGCUCCGUCACUCGUCUUCGGGAAGGCGCUGGGGAUGCCGUGGUCUCCGAUCAGGGAGGAGGUGUCCUGCUGGGUGUCUGUGGAGCAGAGUCCAUUCGUCCUCGGCCUCACCAGCGAGAACGGAGAGCUGCUGCUGGAUGAGUGCGUCCAGGUCACCGAGGGCACGAAGACCAGGGAGAGACACGUGUUCCUCUUCAGUGAUGUCAUUGUGUUCACCAAACUCAAGUCGACUGCCAGCUACCGUCUGAAGCACAGAGUGAGCCUCAGGGACAUCUGGGUCUACGGUUUUGAAGACGAGGCAGACGAUGAAGAGGGAACGACGGGGGAUAUUGACCUGAGGGUGACCCUUGUCUUGGCUUGGGCUCUCACUUUCUCUUUGGUGUGUUUUCGCUCACCUGAGGUGAAAGAACGCUGGUUAGAUACUCUUCACAGAACAAUUAAAGACACAAAGACGAGGGCUGGUUGUGCCUUUUCACCUCCUGACGUCCUCAUGAAGGUUUUGAGUGGCAGCAUCACGACUAAAACUCUAACAGGAGGUGGCAUGGAACAAUUUCCACUUGAUGGCGAUGCAAAGAUAGCUGUUCCGUCAAAUAACCAGGAGGACAAGCUGACAAAUCCCACUGAAAAAAAAUGGAACCAAGUGGUGAAGAAGCUCAGAAAGGGCUCAAGUUUCAUCAACAAAGCAAACCGGACAGAGACGGACACAAAGACUCAGCUGUUCGGUUUGUCCCUCUGCAAGAUCUGUCCUGAUGGCUGCUCACUCCCCAAACCAGUCACAGAGAUUCUGGUGUUGCUGAGAAAGAGGGGCCCGUCCACAGAGGGAGUGUUUCGGAAACUGUGCAACAUCAAGAACAUGAAGGAGGUCAGAGAGCAGCUGAACAGCGGCCUGGAGGUCGACCUGGAGGGGCAGCCGGUCGUUCUGCUCGUCGGUCUCCUCAAAAGUUUUCUGAAGGAACUUCCUGGCAGCCUGCUGGUGUCUGAACUUUACAACAAGUGGAUGACAGCUCUGGACAAUGAAGACGCUCAGCAGAGAGCUCUGGAAAUCACAAAGGUGGUAGAUGAGCUGCCGGGGCUCAACAAACUCCUCCUUCAGCAUCUCGUCUGCGUCCUCCAUCACAUCCUCGAGAGUGCUGACAUCAACAAAAUGGACGCCAACAACCUGGCGGUGUGCAUCGCCCCCACGCUGCUGCAGCUGGACAGCGCUCCACUGGAUGAGCAGAAGGAAAAGAUGAAGAAGGUCAUAGAACUCACUGAGGUCCUGAUCAAGAACUGUGACAUACUUGGAGAAAACAUCCCCAACCUGCUGGAUUCUGAUGCAGACUCUCUGUCGUCCCAGCAUCAUGACUCAGCGUAUGACAGCACUGACUUAGAUGGCGAUGGAGAGGCAGGAGAGAGCAGCUGCUCCACACAUGGAGGGUGUGGCUCAUCCUCCUCUCUAAGUCCCUCCAGCCGCCCCACUUCUUGGGCAUCGAACAGCGCCUUCAACCCCAAAUUGCCGUUCCACCGUCGAUGCUCUGAGCCCAUCAUCCUCACCUCGCCCAACCAUGAGAGCCUGUUUGGCCACGCCCGGAGCCACGAGGACUGCUCCAUGGAGCGGAGGAACUUUGAGGAGCAGCCUCUGAAAAAGCAGAUCUCUGAUGACUCGUUCUUGCUCAGAGGACACAGGCCGGUCCUGUCUUUUCCAAAACUGAGCAGCUGCUCAAACUUGGAUCCGUCGCCCUACAUGGCAGGUAAUCACGUCAAGGACUGCUCGUGCUCUUCCCUGGAGAGCGCUGCCUCAAACCAAUCAGAGGGCUCUGUUUUCACCAGCUCCCCAGUGGGGUCACCAGCCCGCCCCAGGAGAACAAACACCUCCAGCCCGACGUCAGUGCAUGAAAAGACUCAACAAGACAUUGUCGGACCGAUUUCAGAUGAGAAGAAGAGAUCACAGUCUAUGAGGGUGACCAGUAAAGUUUUAAUGAGGACCAGGAGUCUAGGAGCGUUCGGCAGGAGCAGCCUGAAGAGAGACUCUCUGAAGGAAAACUCCUUCCCUUGUGAAACGCUGCAGGAGGACUCUCAGAGCGAAGCAGAUUCUCCAAUUGAGCCUCUGCACAGACCACGUCCGAUGUCAGCCAUCGAGGUGUUUAAGCAGGUGGACAGCAGGCUGCCCUGCAAGCCUCCGCCAUAUGAGCGGGCAGUGCAGAAUAUGGGCCUCCCUCCACAGUAUGGAGCCAUGACUGUACAAGAUGCAAUGACGCUGGAGAGGAGGUCCCGCCCAUCCUCUGUGAAUUAUGACUUCCCACCUACCUGCCCCGUCACUCAGUUCACAGACUGUAUUUCCCAAGCAGCGCAGGACAAUAGCAGGGUUGUCGAGCGGCAACAUCCUUACCGCCAGAGAGCCAUGUCUGAGUCCCAGUCUAAAAGCCACCAUGAGAUUGUGUCACGGAGAUGCAGUCAGCCUGUGUUUGAGGAGUUUUCUUAUGCCAAGGAGUCUUACGUUUGAUUCACUCUGGAACUGAUUCACAUCUCGGACUUAUCUUGCGUCUUUUUAAUUCUUAUUCCUUCUGGGCCACAUCAGAAGGUUUCUAACCUGGAAAGCUUAAUUUUAUUGUGUUGGUUUGUGUUGCUUACUGUAGCCUUAUAAUAGCAGCUACUUCCUACUUCUUAUCUUUAUCUCAUCGUUUUGUGAAUAAAAAUGUAUCACUGUUUCACUUUGAAUGUGCGCUAUGUGCUGCCACUCUGGUUGCACUGUCCAUGUAGUACUGUUUAGAGUACAGAUAUUAAAUGUAUGAUGUUAUGAUAGAUAUUUAGUCUAUCGCAAUGAAGCUAUGAAAACACAGUUUGCUAUGGAGAAAAUAUGCUAUCAGUUUUAUUGCUGUAGAGACAAUGUACAGUUGAGCAUGUUAAGCAGACUGCUGAUGUUUUUUUGGAAACCCUCUUCACCUUGAGCUACUUCUUCAACUACAUUUAAGCACUUUCCUGAUAAAUUAAUGCUUUGUUUACUUGUUUGCUGAAAAUGUAAAUAGAUACACAGAUAGAGAAUGGUAACCUUUGCCAAGGAAUCAUAAAUUGUUUUAGUUCAAAGAUAGAAGAAAAAUAAAUGGCUGAAAG